AAGACAAUGGAUUUCUUGUACAUUGUGACUUUUGUAGGAGCUUUAUUGUAUUGCGAGGGCCGGUAUUUCCGACCGUUUCCGAUUUCUUCCGAGCCUCAGUCUGUGUUUGAUGCCAUUGAGAGGAAUACAGAUUUACAUUACAACGAUAAAGAUAACGGAAUAACAGUUAUUCGAGAUGUUGACUUCCGGUCCUGUUAUAUCACAGACUACGACCCGGAAUGGAGGUUGGACCAGGACAGUAAGAUUGCCGUUAUGGCGGCUGUGACGCCAAAAAUAAUGAGGAACGAGGACUUACUCAGUCAGUUCAUUAAUCAUGUUGGUCCAAUUGUUGGCAAACUCUGCAGAACAAGUAAAAUAUACGAAGUUAAAUCUACAGACAUAGACCAACACAUCGACGAGUCGCCAGUUUCUGAAACACCACCCGUGCCACGUGUUCCAUCACCUCGGAAAAUAUAUUACGACAGCGGAGAACCCGAGGUUCCAAGGCCAUUCAGAAUCCCCACCAAAAAACCCGAGUUCCAGAAACACAAUGAGCAUGAAGAAAUUAGAUUCCCCACAAAAAGACCAGAAUUCAGCGGUUUCCAACACCGACCGUUUGCGCAUGAGCAACAUGCUCAUCAAGUUCCUGCAAGACAUGACGCUGGACAAUUUGUGGUUCCCAGACCUUUUCAGCAGGCUGUUCCCCAGCUGAAACACCGUGGUCACGGACACUUCCGAAAAUAAAGCAAAAAAGAUGAAGUCGUUGUUCCUGUUCCUUUGCGGCAGGGGACAUCUUAGAGACAAAAGUAGAUUUAAGAGAAGAGAGAUCCACAAUUCACGCACAGUUUAUUUUCUUUUUGGCAACU